GCUUUUUUUUUUGGAUCAAGUAAAACUAUCAGACACCUUUACCUGUAACAAUCUUUAUCCCAGAAGGGAAAGCGUGUUCAUUAUGACAAUUUUAAAUAACAUUUAAUUUCUUCUAUACUUGGAAGAUCGGCCUCUUCCAUCUCAAAUCGAAAGAGAAAUGGACAGCAUAUUCUUACAAGUGUUGACAUCUUACUGCUAUAAUGUCUUGCAGGUGUUACAAACCAGAGCACUACAGUCUUUCAAUCCAGACAUUCUUGCAAGAAGAUCGUUACUACAAGCAUUGCAAACUUUAGAUGUUUUGUAUUCAUCAAUUGUAACGACGAUGAGAUCUCCAGCUGCUUCUCUUCAUUUUAACGCUCGCCAAAAGGCACCAGUAACACCGCACCUGUCUCCCUUCAGCUUUAUCAAGUCUUUUCCAAACAUCCCUGCACUAAAGGCUACAAGGGGUACUUUCUCUCUUUCCAUUUGGAACUUUGCGGGCUUUCACUUUUGGCUUCUUUAAAACAACAAUUAAAUAAGACUUGAUUGUCAAAGCUAAAAUUGAUUACACACCUGUUUUUGGCAACUUGGUU